CCGAACGAAAAUAUAUAUACAUAUAUAGCAACUACAUCGCGUAUAUUUGACUUAUGCCGUCUUUGUUAGCUCUUGUGUUUUUUUAGCAGAGAGCUCGGAGCUGCACGCGCGGCAAUGCUGUUUCUGCAACUCAUCAUCGAAGCACCAGCUAAUUACAUACAUUACCAGAGGCCCCUGCUGCACUCCAACUCUCCACAGUAGAGCUACAGACUAUGAAUUCUCAGCUCAACUGGGCCAUCACGCUCGCGUAACGCUCUGUUGACUUCUUAUUUUCCACGCGACGACAUCGCUCGCGAACGCAUCCGCGUACGUUCGCGUGAUACACCGAGCCAUUACAGCUAUCAGUAAAUUAUCAGUUGGUUGACGUUUCACUGCUCGCUCCAUUGUUUACACAACUGCGACGCACCGAUUUCAGUUACUUAAUUGACAACUGCUGGAGAGAUAUGAUUUUUAUGCUUCACUGAUUGUCACCGACCUAUCCCAUACAUACUUUUCGCUCUGCCUCGUGAGUUAAGUUAUGAAUUCUCAACCAAUUAUGGUACCUCGAAGCGAUCAAAAUCGCAAAAUGCAGUCGGAGUCACAUUCGACUUCUGUGGGCAACAUUGCUGGAGAAAAUUGGAAAAUGAUGACACCUCCAGGUACCAACAGAUCUCUAUCUGCCACCGAAGAUCGACGUUCACGACGUGGCAGUAAUCAAGUACCCAUUCUAGCUAAACCACCUUCUUCUGAGUCACUGCUAGCAAACAGUACCACUUGGGUUGAUGCUCCUGGGCCACCGCUCUCUCCAGGAUUAACUAGUUCCCUAUCAUCCGGAGGUGGAGAAAAUAGUCCAAAGGUAGAUGGGGAUAAAGUUGGCGACAGUAGCUGCAAGCUGACACGAAAGGAGUCUUACAAGGCACAGCGAAAGAAUUAUAGGAUGGAAAAAAAGAGAGUAGCCGAUGAGUUGCUCAAUUCAUUGAAAGAUCCUACGGUGAUAGUCAUGAGUGAUUGGUUGAAAGUUAGGGGUACUCUCAAAAGCUGGACAAAGUUAUGGUGUAUCUUGAAACCUGGAUUGCUGCUUCUUUACAAGAGUCCAAAAAUGAAGAGUAAUCACUGGGUUGGCACUGUACUACUGAACAUUUGCCAAGUAAUUGAAAGGCCCAGCAAGAAGGAUGGAUUUUGUUUCAAACUGUUUCAUCCACUUGAGCAGUCGAUCUGGGCUCCACGGGGUCCCGAGAAUGAGGCUAUUGGUGCUGUAGUCCAGCCAUUGCCAACGUCCUAUUUGAUAUUUCGAGCUCCGUCCCAAGCAGCUGGCAAGUGUUGGCUGGACGCUUUGGAACUGUCUCUACGCUGCUCAUCGCUGAUCAUCAGGUCGGCUAGUGUAUUGCCGCCCAGAUCACCGCAGCACGAUACUACAACAACUCACGAAACUCAGUGGAGCGAGGCGGAUUACGAAAAACAUUUCAUCGAUCACGCAGCAGCAGCAGCAGCAGCAGCAACAACAACAACAACAGGAGCAACAACAGCAACUGAGUACAACAGGACUACGAGGUCGCCGGAGUAUCGUCAGCGGCUCCGCUUGCGUCGUCGUCAACGAGUGGCCACUUCGACCGGUUGCCUGCUCGAGCCACCUUCAAUAAUCCUCAGUUGCAACUCCUCUCCCUCGUGCGUAAAGGCUAGUCGAUCACUACGCUCCUCGUCCGGCGCGUUGCGUAGCUUAUGCCCCCCUUCCACUCCCGUGUUCCAACAGCUUUACGACGCGGUAGGCUACUGGGAGCGACUGCUCGGCGCGAGUCCUCAGCACGACUCGGUCGAGGCUACUGGGCCGUCGCUCUCCUCAGCCUCCGAAAGCCAGCUAGCCGAACAAGCCGGACAGGCCGCCGUCGGGCUGGAGGAGAGCGCACGGCGCCGUAUGACCCUGCCCGCUGAUCCUCACAAUCACCUAGUCACGCUAGAUCACGCUUUGUAUGAUUCCCUGCCUGUGGCUGCUACUGCCGGCGAUGCCCUCGGCUCCCUCGGUCCCUCGCUCGACGACGACGUAUCGACACCCACCGCAGACCUCGACGACUGCAUCAGCCAGCCGGAGAAUGGUCUCGCCGCGGACCACGAAAUGAGCCCCACUGAUACCGAGUCCGAGGAAGACAACAAGGAGGAUGCCGAAUCGCGGGAGAUCAAGGAGUCGGUCUACCAGGCCAAUGAGAACGAGAUCCUGGGCUCGGCCGGGGAGGUGGUGACCGAGCUGCAGGAAGAACAAAAGUCGUUGAUCUGGUUCCUAAUGAAGCAAGUGCGCCCCGGCAUGGAUCUUUCCAAAGUCGUGCUGCCAACCUUCAUCCUGGAGCCGCGCUCUUUCCUUGAGAAAUUGGCCGAUUCUUACUACCACGCGGACCUGCUCUCUCAAGCUGUACUGGAGGACGAUGCGUUUACGCGCAUGAAGGGAAUUGUCAAGUGGUACCUGUCCGGUUUUUACAAGAAGCCUCAGGGACUGAAGAAGCCCUACAAUCCACUUCUCGGCGAAACUUUUCGCUGCUACUGGCAGCAUCCCAACGGCUCGCGUACUUUUUACUUAGCCGAGCAGGUUUCGCACCACCCACCAAUUUCCAGCUUUUACGUGACCAAUCGACAGGAUGGCUUCACCAUCGGGGCAACAAUCGUGGCCAAAUCCAAAUUUUACGGCAACUCUACGUCGGCAGUUCUGGACGGCGCUGCGGUUUUGACCAUGCUUCCACGAGGCGAAGACUACACGAUGACCAUUCCUUACGCGCAUUGCAAAGGAAUAUUAAUGGGUACUUUGUCGAUGGAGUUGGGAGGAAAAGUCAACAUUACUUGUGAGAAAACGGGCUAUCACACUGAGCUGGAAUUCAAGUUGAAGCCUUUCCUCGGAGGUUCCGAUCAAUUAAACAUGGUAGUAGGACGAAUAAAACUUGGCAAAGAGACUCUUGCCAACAUCAGUGGUUACUGGGACGGUCAGAUCACAAUAACGGAUAAGCGAACUGGGCAAGACAGCGUGCUUUUCAAUCCCACGCCAGAAGUGCGCAAGUCGCGCUUGAAAAAGUACACGGUCCCUCUGGAGCAUCAGAGCGAGUGGGAAAGCGAAAAGCUGUGGCUGGCCGUGACGCAAGCGAUAAAUAACGAGGACCAGACAGCAGCGACCGAAGCCAAAACUGCAUUGGAGGAGGCGCAGCGCGAGCGUGCCAAGGAGAGAAAAGCGCAGGGACAGGAGUGGCUACCCAAGUACUUCGUGCAGGACAUCAUCUCGGGCAAUUGGAUUUAUCGUCACGCAGACAUCCGUCCGUGGGAUCCGCGAAACGACCUGGUGCAGUACGAGCACGACUACAUCGUUAGCACCAAGACCAGGCACAAAACGCCGAUAAUGCGCACCGGAAGCAUCGUCUCUAUGGAGCCUCAGUCUCAGCUGCCGCUGCUGCUGGCCGAGUCGAGGUCUUCGCUUUCGGUUCUGAAAUCUUCCAAGCGCCAACUGACGAACAAUCACCCCAUUACCGAGGCGGCGCACGAUUCUGCGAGCUCCUCCGAGGGCGGACAUUCCGAUUCCAGUCAGUCCGUCGGCAAGAGACGACGUUCUACCGCCAGGAUCGUGAGCAUGGUGAAGAGCGUGGAAUCAAGGAUGCAGAGCCAGGCGGAAAAGUUGGAUCACAUCCAGAGGCUUCUCGAGCAGAUGUCCGUGCGUCAGCGACAGACGAGGGAGAGAGCCAAUGGCUUGCGUCUCAGCAAACAUUUCAUCGAUACGAUCAUCAUUGUUUUCGUGGUUUUCAUUGCUCAGUACGUAAUGCGACUCUGAAAUCGGGCGGCUUCGCCUCCAACCAAAGGAGCCCAACAGACGUAAAUUUCCUGGUUUUUACCUAUUGUUUCGUUCGUAGCUUUCGUUCGUAUGACCCAAGUCAAUCAUGUUCGUCAAUCUCCUGGCUGAGAUUUAUCCUAGUCGCUGGCCAAAUUUACUAUUGACGAGUUUUGUGGAUAAAUAUAUAAUCGCGCUCUCUGCACGUGAACAGUCUCAAGCGUUAGUCGCUUGUGAGAUAUGUUUAAAUAUUAUAGAACCUCGGGUGGCCCUUAUAUUCAGCUGUCGUUCAAUUCUCAUUACCAAUGAUUGCUCGAUGCGCGAAUUGACGAGGAAUUGACGAGAUUUGCAUUGUACUUAGCAAGUACAGAUAUAUAUGCUCAGUAAUUUGUAUGGACGAACGAUUGAUCGCGGGCCACCUGAAUCUACAUAUAAAGCGCCUUCAACGGCAUUACAUCUGCUGCAAAACAUUGUGAUCCAGCUCAACAUAAGUCGUAAAUAUUCCUUUUCUAUAGUUUGUAAUAAAAAAUAUAAAUAUCGCAUAUACAGCAAAGACGAAACAAUAUAUAUUUAAACGUGUAGGGCAUUUCGUUUAUUCCGAUGGAGUUCGACAUCUAGGGAACGGGGUGCUUUCAAAGUGCUCUUGCAUUACAACUAUUUAAAAAUGGAGAUGUUUUCUCACAAUAUGUCUCAAAUUCGAAUAAACAGUAUAAAACUUAUUUUCUCUUAAAAAUUAAGUAAGCUGUAUUUUUCCAUGUUUCUUGUUUUCAAUAACUUUGUACUAUUUUCAAUCGAUGUAUUCAAAAGAACAGGAAAAAUGAAUCUUGAUAGUUUUAGAAAUUUUAGAUUUACUUGUUAUUCUGAGUCAACAAAAUACUGAGCUUAUAUAUGACUAGUGUAUACGCUUUUGUUACGCUUAUUUAAUCAAUUGUAUAUUCUAUUCUUGUAAAUAUGUAGAGUAUUAUCCUGUGAUAAUACUUCGACACGCAAGGGGUCGCUUUCUUUUUGUUCUCUUUUUUAUUCACUUUUUUAUUACUUAAAAGUCGAGCAAAAGGAUCGAGAUGACGAGACAAGAGAGUGUGUGUGUGAGAGAGAGAGAGAGAGAGAGAGAGAGAGAGAGAGAGAGAGAGAGAGAGAGAGAGAGAGAGAGAGAGAGAGAGAAAUUAGUUUCAGUCUUCGUAAAUCGUUGUUAUAAUUAUCAAAAUUUUUCCCACUAAAGUAUAUGUUACAUAAUUAUAGCAAUCGUAUUGUUACACAUAUACUUCUAUGAGAAUGAUAUAUUGUACAUGUACAAGUAAGAGUAUCGGAGCGAAAUGAAAAGUCAAACCAUUCGUAUGAAAGCUUUCAAACUUUAUAUCACGUUUGCCUUUCGUGAUUUUCUCUGGAUGCACAUUCACGUUUUCUUUUUUCGUACGCAUAUUCAUUUAAUUACAAUUGUUUCCUCUCGGAUUGUUGUUUUCAUCUAUUUUAUUUAUUUUUUAUUUAUACAGCACAUUUUUCUUGCGAACGGGAAAAAGGAAAACGACAAAAAAAGCGGGUAAAACUGCAAUACAUAAUUGACUCAUGUGAUCGCAUACAAUCAUAAAACUCGAAAAUUCGAUUACAAUAAUUUACCGUGUGUCGUGCUAUUGUACGCCCGACACGUAUGUUGUACUAAUAUACACAUGCCUUUUCCAGCGACAUUCUAAGAACAAAAAUAAUAAUCCAAGCGUAUUUAUAUCAGAGCAGUUAUAAUGUUUCAUUCAAUACUAUAAUAAUUGUCGGCGUUGAUUUGUAAAAUUUUCAAGAUUGCUUUUAACUGCGACAUACCAAUUCUUUGUCCUUUUUAUACGCAAAGAAAAGAAAGGGAGAGUGGUUGUCGAGAGUUAAGCUGAGUGCUACUCAUUUGUUUGUCGCUGCGUAAAAAAGAAAAAAAAAAGAAAAAUAAAUAAACAAAACGGCAUCACGUCUCAUGUCCACACAUAGGCAGGCUCCUUAAUAUCAUUUUGAGCGUUUUUCCGCGGAUUCUGUGAAAGUCUGAUUUGUCAAUACAGAACAUAAUGUAUGUAUCCUACGCAUUGAUCGAUGAAAUAAAAGCAAGUGAAAUGUGAAAGAAAGCUAUGUGUCUGUGUUUUGGGCAGGUGUCGGUAAGGGCAAAGUC